CUUUAACUUCGUUUAGCAACAUACUGGCAACUAACCAAGCUCCUUACUACUACUACUACUACUACUACUAUUACUACUAGCUAAGGGAGAGAGAGCCCAUGAUGGCCAUGGACUCCUCCAAGAUCACAGCUCUUCUCCUCAUCCUUAUUCUCUCCAUUUCAUCCACCCCUCUAACCCUAGCUUGCGGCUCAUGCCCCACUCCGUCACCGGAGACCCCGAGUGGACCCAUCCUUCCCCCAAUAAUCGGCAAACCACCCAUCACCCUUCCGCCGAUUAUUGGCAAACCACCCAUCACCAUCCCACCAAUCACCGUCCCGCCUAUCACUAUUCCACCGAUCAUUGGCGGCACGCCACCCACAACUGUAAAACCAGGAUGUUCGCCACCGCCUCAGACCUGCCCCAUCGACGCCCUCAAGUUUGGGGUUUGCAUAGACUGCCUGGGCAACGAGAUACAUCUCGGCGACCCGGCAGUGCAGUGCUGCCCACUCAUAAGCGGUCUUGCAGGGGUUGCAGCAGCAGCGUGCUUGUGCACCGCCAUCAAGGCCAAGCUGCUCGACAUCAACAUCUACCUCCCGCUUGUGUUCAAGCUCCUCAUCACCUGCGGCUACUCCAUCCCUCCUGGUUACACCUGCCCGAAUUAAAGUACAAACAGUUCACUUUCUUUGCUGAUUCUUCUUCUGGGAAAAGGGAGUUAAGGAAUGUUGCUGGAUUAAUUGUAGAUGGUGAUGAGACAUAAGAGGAUGUCAACUCACCCAUGCAUGUGUAUCUUCUGUUUCUUUAUUGGUUCUAAAUUUGUGUUUCCUUGGUGCAAUUUGUUCAGAUGUUCUAUGUUGUAUGGAUUCUUCUCGUUCUAAUUCCUUCAUUUUAAUGUGUACUUUUGUGUCAUGAGAAAUAAAUACCUGGUUUAACUGAA